AUGGUGCAUCCCGAUAACAUUCUCAAACCUAAUGAAUCUCAAGUUGUUUCACCACUCGUAUCUCCUAUUGUAACAAAGGUGGUAGAUAUUUGCGAGCAUUUUGAAAAUGGAGAAGAGUUUGAAUUACGUGAAGACAUGUUGCAUUGGAUUCGUACGGAAGCUACGAAACUAGGAUUCAAUGUUGUGAUUGGAAGGUCCGAUAAUGGUACGGAUAAAAGAAAUGCAUUUGUGACAUUGACAUGCGAAAGAAGUGGGAAAUAUAUGUGUCGUAUCCAAAAAUUGAAACGCGACGAUACCGAUUCAAGAAAAUGUGAAUGCCCAUUUAGGUUGCAUGGUUACCUUUUGGCAAAUAACAAAUGGAGAUUUAAUGUGAUAUGUGGUUUACACAACCAUGAUUUAAGUCAAAAGUUGGUUGAUCAUCCAAUUGCAUGUCGGCUCCUUUCGGAUGAGAAGACAUGUGUUUCUGACAUGACUUUGAGCUUGGUACCACCCAAAAACAUACUUGCAACCUUGAAGCGCAAAAGACCCGAGAAUACAUCAAAUAUCAAGCAAGUUUACAAUAGGCGCUAUCAAUCCAAAUUAGCGAUUAAGGGCGAUCGAACCAAGAUGUGA